GUCACCGUCGUCACCAUGAUGGACCCUUUCUAUUGGGAUCACCACCAACAGCAACAGCCACACCACUAUCACCAUCAUCUGCACCAGCAGCAUCACCAGCCCGUGCCACCACCGCCGCCGCUGCCGCUACAGCCUCAUCUACAACAGCAACAGCAGCAGCAGCAGCUGGACCAUCCGCAGAGAUUACAGGACGGAGCUUCCGUCACCGCUGUUGCCGCUGCCACCACCGAUACUCGUCAGAAUGACGCUGAUAACGCGUCCGACGAUUCGUACCUGACGUCUUCGCACAGCGCGAUGACGGCAGAGUCGGUAUCACCGCCGUUGGCCGCCGGUGGCGGGGGCGGCGGCUUAUCGCCCGAUGUUAUGGGCGCUGCCGGGUGCGGCACGUGCUGUACCGCCGGCACCAUCGGCGGCGGGACGGGCGACCGCACCGCGGGUUCCGAGUCCGCCGUGGCCGUGUGUUCGUGCCACCUGGCCGCGGCCGCGUCAUUGCCACCGCAUUACGCCAGCCACCGCAGCACGCCGGCCACAACGGCUGUGUACGCUCCGUACCCGUCCACCGACCAGAACCCGUAUCCGAGCAUCGACACGUCAUCGUUUUACCCGCACUUGAGCAACCCGUACGGACUGAAAGAUUCUACGGGAUCGUCGGACAUGUGGUCCAGCGCCAGUCUGCAACCGUCCACCGGCUACUAUCAUUACGACUCCACACUGGCCGCUUACGGGUACAGCGCGGGAUACGACUUGGCGGCCAGGCGGAAGAACGCCACCCGGGAGUCGACGGCCACGCUCAAGUCGUGGCUGAACGAGCACAAGAAGAACCCGUACCCGACCAAAGGCGAGAAGAUCAUGCUGGCCAUCAUCACCAAGAUGACACUCACGCAGGUGAGCACGUGGUUCGCCAACGCCCGGAGACGGCUGAAGAAGGAGAACAAGAUGACGUGGGAGCCCAAGAACAAGACGGACGACGAUGACGACGACGACGCCGGGUCGUCCGAGUGCGAGGACAAGGACAAGGACGACAUGCUGAUGGGCGACGAGAAACACUGCAACAAGGACGUCAGAAAAGAUGGUCACGGCGAUCACAUGAUGGGCGGCCAAGGCGUCAUGUCUGACGGCGACGACGACCGCAAACCGAUGCUCCAGCACCUGUACCACCCCGAUCAGAUGCACCACAUGAAGGUGCACCACCACCACGUCAUGCAGGACGAUCACCACCAGGACUGCGGUAUACCGUUGCCGCCCACCAAGCCGAAAAUAUGGUCGCUGGCCGACACCGCCGCGUCCAAGACCCCGCCGCCCGGCCAUCAGUGGCCGAAUGUCAUCAGUCCGAGCCUGGCGUCACCCGGUUUCACCAUGCCCAACAGCUCGUCGCUAUCACCAUCCGGUUCGUCGUACUCCAGGUACGGCGCCAACGGGUUUUACGGCAGUGGUUACAAUGGCGGCAACAGUAAUUCGUCGUCGUCGUCGGCCCAGCAAAUGGCCGGAUAUCCGGACGUGCAGACCGACACGCCACCGCAGACCCCGCCCAACAUGAAGUUACCGCUGUCCGCCUCUUCCGGUCAACAGCAGCAACAACAACAACAGCAGUUCGGCGGCCAUCAGGGCGCUUACAACGGGUACCAUCACCAGCAGCAGCACCAGCAGCAACAGCAGCACAACAGCUAUCACCACCGGCAACACGUGCCGCCGCUCCAGCAACAGCAACAGCAGCACGACGUGGUAAGGUCGGUCCAAGAGGUGCAGCAGCAACAGCAGCAAUAUCAUCAACAGCACGUAGCGCUCAACCAACACAACAACAACAAUAACAACACGAACACUAACAACAACAAUCAUCAGAUGGCGGUCGCGGCCAACGACGCAAGCACGGCUUUCAAACCGUUUUACAAGACGCCUUCGCAACAACCGCAUCAACAGCCGCCGCACCAUCAGCAACAACACCAACAACAGCAGCACAGACAGAUGAACGGUUUCGUGUCGCCCGUGUAAUUUACGCCGCCGAUUUUCGUUUUCGGGACGUCCGGACGACUGAACCUCCGGACACUGCUGCUCCGCGAGUCCACCGUCAUAUAAUACAGCGGUCGCCGACACGGGAAUUCUUCGACUACUCUAUAUGUACACACGUUCACGAUUGUUGUGCUGGUCGCCGUUGCCACCGCCGGUCGUCUUAUUACUGCAUAUACAUAUUAUUAUAUAUUGAAUGUAUAAUUAUAAUAAACGACUCCGCGCGGGAAUUAAGAAAUAUUUUUAACCGUUCUAACAUUCUUCUGUAGAUUUGUAAAAGCUAACAUAUACUAUUAUUAUUAUUAUUAUUAUUAUUAUUAUUAUUAUUAUAUUAUCAUUAUUAUUAUUAUUAUUAUUUUUACCUAUACAUAUUAUAAUAUCGAAAUUGUAUAUUGUUAAAAAAAUUAUCUAUGUUUGUGUUCUCAGAAUAAUAUAUUAUAUUAGCCCCUCGUACGCAUCAUAAAAUACAAUAAUAUUAUUAUAAAUGUAUAUUAUGGGAUGUGAAUAAGUUGGAUUGCUCUACACGCAUUUAUGUAUCGAAAGAAAAUCAUGUUAUCUAUUAUAAAUAAUUUGUAAAUAUGAAUUUAUAUUUUAAAAAAUCGAUUUUGAGUGCAAUUUGGGGAUAUAAGAAUAAAAAAGUAUAUAUAAUAUGUCUAUUA